GGGCGGCGGCGGCAGCAGUGAUAGUUGAUAGAGUUGAUAUUAGUUGGCGAUGAGUGGAUGACGGUUAAGUCGUGGCCCUGUCGUGGCUCAACGAGAUUCGUUAAAUUAAAAGACACGCGAUCAUGAACCUUUGAAUUCAGCUUUCGUUGAAAAGUUACACGCGCAUUUAACUAUACGAUUUCGCAAACAAUUUUUCAAUUUAAAUAAGUGAAAAAAGACUUGCGGUUGCAUUGCCGUUAAAACGCAAUAUAUUCAUGUAUCGCGGUAGCUGCAGCGACGAAUAAGAAGUCUUAUAUCGCUAUUCGAGUGAAAAUUCAAGGUUCGGGCUAGGCGCACUGCCGAGGCAGGGAACGUAAAUAAAAUAACUCAAUAAUUGGGUGAAAAGUGAUGUGAUUGUUCAGCGAGGUCGCUCUCGUAAUUUCUGUAAUUUCACAUCAACAGACCGACAGAUUUCCUUAUCGUGAUCGCGCCAACAAGUGCUAGGACAUGGCAAAACAUUUCCUCAACUAUAACCAAAAUUCUGUACGAUUGGAAUAAUAUUAAUGAGAAUUGCAUUUUCGCUCGAUGUAAUAAAACAUAACGAUAAAUUAACGUGACAGCUAAAAAAUACGACUCGAUCAAUCAAAGAUUCAGUUUGAUUAUGCUGUUCUGCGGUGUUACAAACGCUUUAUACCGGUAACAGCAAUUAACAUGUUGACGAUACUAUUUCGCGUGAUUUUGGCCAUCGUCCACUACGUUUAUACCAUUUGUGAAGAAAUUGAAUUAAAAUUAAAAUUCGUAAAAGUUUAUUGGCGUUUACGGUUUGGCUCCAAAUUCAAAAGUGAAUACGAGAAAUGUCAGUCGAAUUUAGAAACUCUGGAGUUGAAACGAAGUGUGGAAAAUGUUACUAAAUUACCCGUCCAUUUGUGCAUCCUCGUUGAAGCGGAAUACAGUGAACGAAUUGAAUUUUCUCACCUCGUACGAAUUCUCCGCUGGUCCAUCACCGCCGGUAUUCCUUACGUCAGUUUUUAUGAUCACGAUGGAUACUUGAAACAAAAUCAACAUCUGCUGAGAGCAGAAUGCGACAAGUCAAAUAUCAUGUCGGCCUUACACAUGAACCAAGAUGCAAAAAUCAAUUCUACCAAAUUCUGUGAAAAUGGUAGUAAUGGUAUCAAAUGUCAGACACGAGUGCAAGUAUUUUCAAACGAAGAUGGGAAAGGUGAAAUAGUGAUGUUGGCAAAAAACUUAUCAAGAGCGGUAUCCCAUGGCCAAUUGAAAAUGGAAGAGAUAAAUACGGAGCUGUUGAAUGACAAACUGCGAUUGGAAAACACACCGGAUCCUGACCUCGCGCUGGUGUGUGCUUCUGCUUUAUGCACUCAUGGCCUUUUACCAUGGCAUACAAAAACAACUGAGUUUUACAAUUGUGGAAGUCAUCGAGACAUAACGAUAAAAGAUUUUUCAUUGUUGUUACAAAAAUACGCUCAGUGUCAACAGCGAUAUGAAAAAUCACCAGUGGAACUUUUAGGGAGAGAAUAAGAAGAAUAAGAAUAAGAAGAAGAAGAAGAAGAAGAAGAAGAAGAAGAAGAAGAAGAAGAAGAAGAAGUCUCAGUUGCUGCUAAGCCCAUUGAGCUUCAUCGAAACGAUGAUCCUCACCAGUUUUUCUCAUUUACGACGUGUGCCAAUCGAAGAGCACGGCUGAAACAAAAUACCAUUCCUAGGCCUCGUUCGCAUUGUUCCCUAACCCACUCUCAAAAACAAUAUAAUCUCUCGAAAUUCGAAUUUUUUUUCUCAGACCUUCGUAUGAAAGUAUUAAAGAAAUAAAAACUUGUGCAAAAAACGCA